AUGGAGCAUAUUAUAUAUAUGUGGUUUUCCAAUAUUAGUAUUCAAAAUUCCAAAGUUUUGGUGUAAUGAAGGCAACUCUCAAAUAUUUGGCUGGCAUUGCUGGCCCAAGUGGUUAUGGUUCUAAAACAACUGCUGAACAGGCAACUAGAGAUUUCUCUAAUUCCUCUAAUUCUCAACUCACUGCAAUUAUCACUGGCGCAACAUCAGGGAUUGGGGCAGAAACAGCAAGAGUACUAGCAAAAAGGGGUGUAAGAAUAGUGUUACCUGCAAGAGACUUAAAAAAAGCAGAAAUUGUAAAGGAAUUUAUACAAAAAGAAACUCCAAUGGCUCAAAUUAUAUUAUUGGAAAUUGAUUUGAGUUCUUUUGCUUCAAUUCAGAGAUUUUGUGCUGAGUUUUUGUCUUUACAACUCCCUCUUCACAUCCUCAUAAAUAAUGCAGGGAAAUUUUCACAGAAAUUGGAGUUUUCUGAAGACAAAAUUGAGAUGACUUUUGCUACAAACUACUUAGGUCAUUUUCUAUUGACAGAGUUGUUAUUAGAGAAAAUGGUGGAGACAGCAGAAGGCAGUGGGAUUCAAGGAAGAAUAGUGAAUGUUACUUCAGUAGUUCAUAAUUGGGUGAAAAGAGAUCAAUUCCGUUUCUCCCAAUUGCUCAAUCCUAAAAAAUAUUAUAAUGGUACUCGUGCAUAUGCUCAAUCAAAAUUAGCCAACAUUUUACAUGCCAAGGAAUUGUCAAGACAACUAAAGGCAAGAAAUGCAAAUGUAACUAUCAAUGCAGUCCAUCCUGGAAUUGUAAAAACUGGAAUUAUCAGAGAUCACAAAGGCUUUAUCACUGAUUCUCUCUAUUUUAUGGCAUCAAAGCUUCUAAAGUCAACAUCACAGGGUGCAGCAAGCACAUGUUAUGUCGCAUUGAGCCCACAAACAGAAGGGAUGAGUGGGAAAUACUUUGCAGACUGUAAUGAAAGUCACUCUUCAGUUUUAGCAAAUGAUGAAAUUGAAGCUCAUAAACUUUGGAAGGGUACUCGUGUUCUUAUCUAUAGAAGAUUUCUUCCACAUGUAAAUUGAUCCAAAAAAAAAAAAAAGAUUAGUUUUUGUACAUGUUAAUAAAUAGAUAUACUUUGUUGUAUAUCCAUAUAAUAUAUGAUGAUAGAUGAAAAUAAUAUGAUACAAGUAUAGUAGUCUGUCCAAUAGUUAGCUAACUGAUGGAGUACAAAUGUUAGUGGAAAUAAUGAAGAAUCUUCUUUU